ACUAAAGAGAGCCAGCCCUGGGUAAAUUUUCGUGGAGAGUUAGCGGGCGAAGUGGGCGAAGCGUUCAGUCGGUAACUUCCGAAUGGGCGAAGCGUUCCGUCGGUAACUCCGAAUGGGUGAAGCGUUGAGAAGGUAACUUGUGAACUGGGUGAUCGUUUAAUCGAUAACUGGGAGCGGGAAAGGCGUUGGUCGAUAAUGAUGAAAACUGAAUCAAGUGGCGCGCCGAGAUUUCAAUUGUUUAAACAUUGUUCAUAUUGCUAGCAUCAAAAAAUGCAACAAAUUGGAGAAGAAAGCAUGGCGAACAUGGACUUGGCAAUUAUUGAGUCCAGGCUCAAAGAGCUGGAUGAAACCAGGGCGCUCCUCCUGGCCAUGAAGGCGGCCCAACAGCCGAAUCCCACCGAACACAAGGGUGAAGCCGGUGUGGGAGAAAAGGCAGUUGAAAAGGUUCAAGCGGCUGGUGGAGGCGGGAGUCUCAAAAGAAAGCAUCGGGCCGGAAGAGAUAAGGAUGCGAGGAGAAAUAAGUACAAAUGGUCAGCACGUAAAGCUGCUGGUAAAGGAGGGGAAAAAAGCGGCAAUGACCAGAAGAAAAAUGAAAAAGAGGAGAAGGAAAAGUGGAAGAAGAGCAGAGGGCAUGAAAAGAAGAGCUACCAUAAGAACAAAAAUUGGCCACUGAAGAAUGUCGCGAGUGCAGGUGAUGGGCCUCAGCCCAAAUUGUAUCUUCGGUGCCCAGAGGCCGCCAGCGCAUUAAAGGCGCUUUUUACUAAUUAUUUUUGAACAAAGAACGACAUUUUUUAUUUUUCUGGCCAAUUAAGAUAUACUGCGAGAAAUCCAACUAUUAUUUUGAAGAGCAGAACCAAGCCUAAUCCAAAGCUA